AUGAAAGCCAUAGCCCUCUUGGCUUGUUUUACGUUCACACAAUUGGCAUCAGCGGCCGCCAUCGCACCUGAUCCAACAUUGAAUACCGGGGAUAUCAGUGGCACCGUUGAGAAACGUGCCUCUGGGACUGCUACAGUCAAUCUAGCCUCUCUCCAAGGGUCUCCUGGGCAGUUAGGUUCCGGUUUCAUCUACGGCUUCCCAGAUAAUUCCGAUGGGUCAGCCAAUGGGGCUAUCCCAAGUAACCUUAGAAAUGGUGUUGGGUUGAAGUACUGUCGUGCAGGAGGCUCCCAGGUUCCGAGUCCUGGUCUCGGAUAUGCAAGGGGCCAACUUCAGGGACGACUCAAAUCCUUCCAGUCCAAUUACAACACAUGUCGCCAAGCGGGUGCUCGCUAUCAGGUUAUCAUCGCCGCCCUCUGGGGAUCUGACGGAGUUCAGGGUGAUAUUUCCUGGCCGGGAGAUAACGGCAACUGGGCUGCAUUCGACGAUUUUUUGGGCCAGGUUAUCAACUUUAUCAAGUCUAACAACAUGCAAAGCGGACUUGAUAUUGAUAUUUGGAACGAGCCCGACUCCACAAUAUUUUGGAAUCGUGCUUACAGCCAAUAUCUCAGUACAUGGACCCGUGCCUACAAUCGUUUCAAACAGGACUUGUCGUCCGUUCCAAUUGUUGGUCCCUCCAUUUCUGUGCCGGCAAGCACUAGCAAUGGAUUCUGGACCGCAUGGCUGGAUAACGCCAAGUCUACAAACACCAUUCCCGACUUUUACACUUAUCACGUGCUAGGACUCGACUUUGACGUUCGCGGCUCUCAAGAUACCCUCAAGUCCAUGCUUAGUGCUAGAGGCCUGCCAUACAAGGAUGUCAUAGUCAACGAGUAUGGCGCAAUAUCAGGAGGUGACCAAACCAAUGCAGGGAGUGUAUGGUAUCUAGCCAACUUUGAAAGGCAGAAUAUCAAAGGCCUGAGAGCCCAUUGGGGCAUGGGCUUCAGCAACCUCCAUAACAGUAUGGCAGGCCUUGUGAAUUUCGAAGGAACCAGAUACUUCCCCUCGGCACAGUGGUAUGUGUACAACUAUUACGCAAACUCCAUGACGGGAAAUAGAGUAGCUACCACGGCGUCUGAUGACGGCAUGUUUGAAGCAUUCGCUACUCGAGGAAGCUCCAAGGAUAGCGUGAGGAUCUUGACGGGCUUACGCCCGAAAGUUGGUGUUCGCACUUAUGAUGUAAGGGUCACGGGCCUGAGUGCACUUGGGAUAUCUGGGACCGUCCAAAUCAGGACGAAACGGUUCACUCAUAUAGACUGGUGGCUGGAGGGCACCGCCCCUACAGAUCUGGGUGUUGCAACCCACACUGUAUCCAAUGGCGAGAUCACCUUUUGGGUUACCCCAGACAAUGAGUUCACAGCUUACGCGUUCGAGUUUGUUGGUUAA